AUGCCACAGACUGCUUCAGCAACUGAUGCUGCGAGCUCAAAGAGUCGGGGAAAAAGUGCGGGAAGAGCAGGUCGGCCGCUUAACGACACCCAAGGUUCUACCAGACGUUGCCCAAUAUGCUCCCAACCUAUUACGAAGGCUGCUUUUGAGCAGCAUUAUGAAUGGGAGCUUGGGAGAUUGAAAGGAAAUCUGUCACCAGAGCCUGUGGAUGAUUUUGCAAAAUCUAGAAUGCGGAGAGGAGCGGCUGUCGCAGCGGCGCAACAGAUAGCAUCUACAAAUAAGGGAAAAGGGAGCGCUUCGGCCGGUGCUGGCCAGUUGGAUGAAAACGAACUGCUACUGUAUCAGGUUCGAGCGAGUCGCUUGAAACGCACAGUUCAAAGUAACAAGGCAGGAUCGCGGAAGCGACCAAGAGGCGGGAAUGAUCCUUAUGCAGAGGGCGAUGGAAACACAUGCUUCAUGUGUGGUGAUGUAUUGCCCACGGAUUCUGAAAUGGUCAAUCGCCAUAUUGAUCAGUGUCUCGCCGCGCAAAUGGCCGGACCAGCGACUACUUCUGACGACACAAACGGGGGGCAAGUGUGGGAAGAGUACGAAUGGGCUGGUCAGACACGUGUACGAGCCACCGCGAUGCUUGAAGGCGGCUUGGCAGCUAGUGGCUUUUCAGUACACAAAAAGACAGACGAAGACACAGACGAAGAGAUUGACAUUGAUGACGACGGUACGGGCGAAUUUGGCGAGUCGCAAUAUUCAGAACAGCAUAUUCGCGCGUUUCGUGAAGGCGGCGAUGGCGACGGAGAAAAUGGAGAUACCGGGGGAGGAACUCGAAUUGGGCAAGAACUUAAUUUAUUGGAUACAAAUGAACAUAAUAUGGAUGUCGAUGGGGCGGUAGAGACAUCGGAUGACAGUUUGCACACACUUUCCGGAGACACCAAGCUGAUUAUUGAGUCAUUAAAGGCACGAGUACGGGAUUUGGAAUCACAAACCACGAAAUCCUCUCACAAAUGUCUUAUAUGUCUUGAGGCAUAUAAGAUUCCGCUGGUUUCUGUUAUUUGUUGGCAUGUACAUUGUGAGACGUGUUGGCUCCAAACUCUGGCGACAAAGCGGUUAUGUCCACAAUGCCAAAAGAUCACAGCACCCGCAGAUUUGCGAAGGAUUUAUUUAUAA